CAUCGUCAAGGCCGUCUCCCUCGACUGCUAUAAAGAUACCAUUAAAGGCCUUUGCUCUCUCUUCCACGAAAACCAACAACAAAUCCAGAGAGAGAGAAGAGAGAGAGAGGGGAAGCAAUCAGCCAUGGUUAGGGCAUACACGCAGGAGCAUGUAUACAAGCAUCCAUGGGAACGUGUGACCUCUGCAUCCUGGCGCAAGUUCACAGACGCUGAGAACAAACGCAUCUUAUCUCACAUCCUCGAUGUCGACACCUUAAAUCGCAAGCUCGAUCCCAUCAAUGGAAAACUCUAUACAACCAGAGCGAUCACCGUUCACGCUCCUGGACCCUGGUUCAUCCGCCGGAUCAUCGGCCAAGACAUAUGCCACUCGGUCGAAUCCUCUGUCGUUGAUGCUCGUUCUCGUUCCAUGCACCUCACCACCCGCAACAUUAGCCUCCGUAACUUUCUUGAAGUGGAGGAGAAGGUCUCGUACGAUCCUCACCCUGAGAAUCCUGAGGGUUGGACCGUUUGUAGGCAAGAAACCAGCAUUCGGAUCAAGCCCUUGUCGGCUCUGGCUUCUAUGGCUGAGAAGGUGGAGCAGAAAUGCGCCGAGAAGUUUCAGCAGAACAGUGCUAAGAGCAGAGAGGUCAUGGAGAGGAUCUGUAAGUACCUCGAAGCUGAAUCCAGCGGCAUUUCUAUCUAGCUCUAUUUUGCUCCUCCCCUUAGAGGAGCACGUUUUAGGGAUCUGGUUCUUUUUGCUAGGAUUUUUCCAUUUUCUAGACUGACAAGUUGGAAUUUGGAAGGUCUCUUUUGCGAAAAAAAUCGAAAUAAAGAGAAAGCUUUGAGAUUUGUAAAUUGAUAUUCGAGCAGCUUUCGAUUUUGGAUCCUGACUUGUAUCUGGUUCAAUUUUUUGCAAUAACAUGUAUUAUGUGGGCCUGUCAAUGCCAAUUUUGUCUAAACAAACCCUUUAGUGCAUCCUGAAAAUGGAGAUGUUUUCUGUUA